AUGGAGGAAACGCCUACACUCUUUCAUGGAACAAUUGAAGCUACCAUCUUUAAGGCCACACCUUACACACCAUUUCCUCUAUUCAACUGCAUAGGUAAAAAUGGAAAGGCUGCAUAUGUGACCAUCAAGAUAGACAACAAAAAGGUUGCAAAAACAAGCAAAGAAAGAAACCGUGUUUGGAACCAAACCUUUCACAUUCAAUGUGCUCAUCCAGCUGAUUCAAUUAUCACAAUUACAUUGAAAACAUCAAAUUCCAUGUUAGGAAAAUACAGUAUCAAGGCCCAACAACUUUUAAAUGAAGCAAGUAUAAUCAACGGAUUCUUCACUCUUCUCACGGAACAAAAAAAACCGAAUCCAAAACUUAAAUUGAAGUUUAUAUUAUGGUUCAAGCCUGCAAAAUUGGAAGAGAGUUUGGAAAAGGUACUAAGCAAUGGGGAGUUUCAAGGGCUAAAGGAUGAAAAUUUUCCACAAAGGUCUAAUUGUCAUGUUAAACUUUAUCAUGAUGCUCAUCAUUCUCCUACCUUUCAACCUCCCUUUGAUCCAUGUGGGGCUCCAAACAACCUAUGGGAGGAUAUUUAUAAAGCCAUCGAAGGUGCAAAGCAUAUAGUUUAUAUUGCCGCUUGGUCCCUCAAACCCAAGAUAGUUUUGGUAAGAGAUCCUCAUACAAAAAUCCAACAUGCAAGAGGAAUGAAUUUAGGUGACCUGUUGAAAAAGAAGGCAGAUGAAGGAGUGGCUGUGAGAGUUAUGCUUUGGGAUGAUGAAACAUCAUUGGCCUUAGUUAAGAACAAAGGUGUAAUGAACACACAUGAUGAAGAUGCUCUUACUUAUUUCAAUCACACAAAAGUAAUAUGCGAAAAGUGUCCUAGAUUACACCACAAGUUUCCAACACUAUUUGCUCACAACCAGAAAACUAUAACAGUUGACAUAAAAGUGGCUAAAUCGGUUAGCGAUAGAGAAAUUAUGAGCUUUGUUGGUGGUUUAGAUUUGUGUGAUGGUAGAUAUGAUACAGAACAACAUUCAUUGUUUCAAACACUCAUUAAGGAGUCACAUUGUUAUGACUUUUACCAACCAAACAUUGAAGGAGCUAGCCUUAACAAAGGAGGACCAAGAGUUCCUUGGCAUGAUGCUCAUGCUUGUGUUACCGGUGAAGCUGCUUGGGAUGUGUUAACAAAUUUUGAGCAACGAUGGGCUAAGCAAUGUGAUCCAUCUCUUCUGGUCCCUAUUAGCACCUUGGUAAAUCUCAUGCCUCGAAGAAACUCAAACACUUCGAUAGAAAGUAAUUGGAAAGUACAAGUUCAUAGGUCGAUUGAUCAAGCUUCGGUUGGUGAUAUAUGUGGAAAUUUCACUGCGGAGAGGAGUAUCCAUGAAGCUUAUGUUGAAGCAAUUAGGCAUGCUGAGAGGUUUAUAUACAUUGAAAACCAAUACUUCAUUGGUGGAUGUCAGUGGUGGAAAAAAGAUAAGGAUUGUGGUUGCACAAAUCUAAUUCCAAUUGAAAUUGCAUUAAAAGUGGUAAGUAAGAUCAAAGCAAAGGAGAGAUUUGCAGUGUAUAUAGUUAUACCAAUGUGGCCAGAAGGAGUGCCUGAAAGUGAAUCUGUUCAAGAUAUAUUGCAUUGGACAAGAGAAACUAUGACAAUGAUGUAUAGGUUGAUUGGUGAAGCAAUAAAACAAAGUGGUGAAAUAGGACAUCCAAGAGACUAUUUGAAUUUCUUUUGUCUUGCAAACAGAGAGCAUAAGGGAAAAGGGGAGUAUCUUCCACUAGAUUUUCCCCAUCUUGAAACACAAUACUGGCAUGCACAAAAGAGUAGAAGAUUCAUGGUUUAUGUACAUUCGAAGCUCAUGAUAGUGGAUGACAUGUACAUACUACUAGGUUCAGCUAACGUGAAUCAAAGAUCCAUGGAUGGGAAAAGGGACACUGAGAUAGCCAUAGGAUGCUUCCAAUCUCAAGAUGAAGUUAUGAAACAAAUGAACCUUGGCGAUGUUCAUGCAUACAGAAUGUCACUAUGGUAUGAGCACACAAAUAGUUUCAAUGAGUUGUUCUUAGAGCCAGAAAGUUUGGAAUGUGUGAAGAGGAUGUGUUCCAUUGGAGAUCAAAUGUGGGAAACCUACAGCAGUGAAGAAAUUGUAGACAUGGAAGGUGUGCACCUUGUUACUUACCCAAUGAGAGUAACACAAGAAGGCUAUGUGAAAGACUUGAGCAAUGGAGUUUAUUUUCCUGAUACAAACUCUCUAGUGAAGGGGAAAAGAUCUACAUUGCCCACUAAUGUUAUGGCACCAUCAAAUGAUGAAAUUCAUGAAGAGAUACUUAAAGUCUCAAAUGAAGAGGAAGAUUCAAUCCCUAGACCAAGAGCCAAGAGAAACACUGACAAGCCCAAACAUUUUGAGAAUUAUGUAAUGCCAAAAUGUAAGAAAGGGGGUAGGGAGUAG